UUCAAAUUUCCGGAUGAACUCCACUUCCGCUGAAGCGAAGAUAUCUGUGAAAUCGGUGAUUUUCACAGAAAAAAUCUCGUAAAAUCUACACAUAAUAUGGCAGCUUUGUUUGCAUGUACAAAAUGUCACACUAGACAUCCAUUUGAAGAAUUAUCUCAAGCCGAACAAUUGUGUAAAGAGUGCCGCAGCAAUUUCCCAGUAGUGAAAUGCACCUACUGUAGAGCCGAGUUUCAACAAGAAGACAAGAGCAAUACCAACUCCAUUUGUAAGAAGUGUGAUCAGAAUGUGAAAGUCCAUGGAAAGCCUUCGGUAUGUGAAUAUUGCAAUAUUCUCGCUGCUUUCAUCGGCAAUAAGUGUCAGAGAUGUGCCAAUUCAGAACGAAGAUGGGGUCCACCUUUAACAUGUGAGCAGUGUAAACAGAAGUGUGCAUUUGACCGCACAGAUGGCACAAGGAAAAAGGUUGAUGGGAAGUUGUUGUGUUGGUUAUGUACUCUUGCUUAUAAACGAGCUUUAGCGAAGGCAAAACAACGGAAAGAUGAGGAUAGAAAAAAUCUUGGAUCUCUAAGGCCAUCAAAAGAGAAACCGGAUAAAGCCGAAAAGUUAUUUGACAGUAUUGUGGGUAAAAAUAACAACAAGCAGGAAGACAGUUCAAAACAUGACAGUGGCGGAAGUACCAGUAGCCGGCAUAGCAAUAGUAGUCAAGGGGACAGAGUGUCCAAUGGGAGCGAGAAGGGUGUCUCCGAUGGACAGGAAGGUGCUUCCUCAAAGGAAAAGGAACAAAGAGGUCACAAACAUCACCACCACCAUCAUCAUCAUCACAAGCAUUCAAGGUCCAAAGACCAUCGCCGGUCUCAUUCAACAAAAUCAAAAUCAUCUCAUAAAUCCAGUCACUCAGACACAUCAUCUCAGACACCCCCCACAAAGAAAGCUCGUGUAGAGAUCAGUAGUGCCAACGGAAUGACACCAACAAAAAGAGAAGAUCUUGAAGUGUCAAACCUCACCGAGAAGAGCCGAUACUCGUUCUUAAGAGACAGUAGUAGUUUCUCCAUGAGCCUUUCGUCGAGUCUGUCCAUGCUGAAUGCCAGUAGUGCCACAGAUAAAGUAGACGACCCCCACAGCUCCGAGCAUCUCAUCGCCCUGCAACAACUACAGGACCAACUGGAUGCAACGCGUAAACAACUUCAGGCCAAGGAUCAGCAACUCCUCGAGAAGGACAAACAGAUAAAUGAACUCAAAGCCCAGGCUUACGAGGCAGAGAAGGAGUCCAGACUGAAGAUUCAGACCAUCCACAAACACCAUGCUGGCACACUGGAGUCACUCACGGGCAAGAACGCAGAACUAAUGAAACAAAUUAAAGAAAUGAAACCUGCCAAAGGGAAGAAUAUACGCUCCUGAUUAGAAGAGAGUUCUAGGAAGGGAGAUAAUUUACUGCGGAAGCAAAAGAUCUGUACAAAGAGUAUAUACAUAUUAACACCACCCUGUAAUUGUGAAGACCUCUUUUUCCUCCUUAACAUAUUUGUUUUAAAUCCCAGUAUUCCAUUAUUGUGCUAAAGCUUGCAGUACAGAACCAGGGACACGGUGCCAUGAUGAAUGAAUUGGACUUUGAAAGCAAGAUGAACAAAAAAGACGGUUCAUGCAGCCCUGGUCAUUUUGGAAUGUGUAUGCUUUGAUAUCCAGUUCUUAUCAAAUUAUUUGUUGGUCAUUUGUUACAGUUUGGCCAAACUAAAGGAUACAAAGGGCUUCACCAAUCCUUGACCAGAUCCUUUAACCAAGAAACUAACAUAUUUUCUUUUAUUAGGAAGACAAAAUAAAAAUAGCAUCCAUCACAUAUUUCUUUUCACAAACUCAAAGGUAUUAUGAAAGAUGAAAAAUGUAAAAUUCUUUGAAUUUGAUUAGUAAAUGCCCAAUUUGGAUAUUUUUUUCUUGAUCUACAAAUUCUAAAGAAAGCGGAUGUUGCAAGUAUUUUUUAUUUGAAAUGUGUAUAUUAUAUAAUUAUCAUAAAUAGUACUAGUAUUAUCAUGUAAUGUUUUUUUCGUAUCGUUUAUAAUUGAUGAUGUAAGAUCUCAGCGAUAUAGGUAAUUAUGGGAGGUUGUAUCACGUUUAUAGUAUUUUAUUAUAAUGCAUAAUGUUAACCUUUUUAUUGUGUAUGCCCUGGCAAUAGAAACAUGAUGACGUCAAAAGUUCACACCAUAUAUAGACAUGGUAAUAUUUUUCAUACCAAUAAAAAAUUUCAUAAAAAUUACUCAGUACAUACUUAGAUAUACUUCUGAUACUCGGAACAUUCUGUCACUGUUUAAAGGCGGCCUUUUCCGGGGGAAGAAAAGAGGACAUAUUUCAAAAUGUGAUGAAAGUCUCUAUGCUCCUGUAGUCCACAAUGUGAACAUGUAGAAGGUGGCAAGAAAAAAUUUUUGAUUUGUCCAAGAAGUAAAUUAUAGUGAAAGUUUCACAUUAAACUGUUAAUGAAAGAACCUUUGUUCCAAUUACAAUGAACUGUUUCCGUAACAUGAAAAACAUAUGUGCCAUAGUAUAAAUGGAAAAGAGUUUUUAGAAACUCUUUAAAGGUGUGUACUUGGUACUGAAAAUUUCUUCUCUUUAAAAUUAUUUGAUAUUACACAUUUGCAAUUGUGGAUAAUUCAAACCAUCUGUUUACAGUAGAAGUGAAAUCUUGGCACAUAAUGAUACUUUGAGGUUCAGAUGAUUUACAGAUUAUUUAGUGUC